CUGGCCGGCUGUCAAAUGCCGUAAACAAGCGCCCUAGUGACAUUUCUUUGCCAACCUUUUUAGCAAAAGCCGCUCUGCCGUAAGGAAUUGCCUUUGAGGUUCAUUAUGGUGGAAAAAGGAUGUUAAGUGUAUUUUUAGACAACUCCUUACCCAGAAAAUUCGAUUAGCAACAAGAUUUCGCUGCGUAUAUUCCACGCAUAACAAGAUGGAGGCCCAGAUAAUCGAGACGUUGAAUGAAUUUCUGGUAAGUGCUAAAGUGCAGUAUAUCGAGGAGGCCUUUCUCUGCGUUAUUGUCCACAAACCGGACGCCGAGAAGCAGAAAUGUGAGCAGUUCACAAAUAACAUAAUUUCCCUGUUCCAAAAUACCUCUUCGGAAGGAAAAGAUGCGGUUUUGCGAGUCUACCUGUUGCGGGCCGCCCACAGCGGCAACCUGGCGCAACUCAAGGUUUUAAUGGAUACUUUGCAUAAAUUGGUGACUGGGAAUUUGAUUUCCGCAAGAGUUUUAUGCGACAAAAUAUUAAGCUGCGACAAAUUAGCCUUUCAAAACAAAAGCUUUUGGAUAGAAUGCUUUAAGCUGAUCAAGAAGAUAAUCACCAAUGUUGACUACAAAGGGGUUCGUGAAAUAAUGAAGGCUUGCAGAGACAAAGCUUCAACUUUCCCGACGAAUAUCAAUGUCAGCUUUUUACCACAAUUGCUUAUCCUUGAAGAUCUCAUUCAGUUCAUAUUUGAUCGUAAUAACUGUUUGUUGCCGGCGUAUUUUAUUGCUAAUGAACUGAUCAAGUCACCACAACCAUCACAUUGGAAAAUCAACAAAUUGAUGACCGAUUUCGUUGAGGAAUUUCGAAAUAUCGCACAAAUGGUGACGAUCAUCAAUCACAAUCACAUGUAUCCAGUAGUGGAGACAUUUGGCUACGCUGAUCAUUUGAUGAAUUCAUGGAAACUCGAUCCACACACUUUGAAAUAUAAUUUUAAAGGUAAUUUACCAUAUGACAUCGAGAUUGUUGAGCCGCAGCCGCAUCUUGUCCGCUAUGUGUUGGAUCAGCCGUACUCGAAGGAGAUGAUCGCAGUUAUGCUGAAUUUGCAGAAACAGCAAAAGCAACGAUGCCAUGCUUUGGAAGAGCAACUGGUUUGGCUCAUAAUCUCUGCCAUGGAACGAAGUGAACAUGACUCCUGCGAGAUGGUAACGCCAGACGAUAAAAUUACUCCCAACCAUUGGUUAUGGCUACAUUUAUCUUCACAAUUGAUAUAUUUUGUGUUGUUCCAAUUCGUAAACUUUAUGCACAUCAUUAUUUCACUUCAUGAGAAACUUUCCAAACGCGACUUGCGCAAGGGUCGAGACCAACUUAUGUGGAUUUUACUUCAGUUUAUCUCCGGAAGUAUUCAAAAGAAUCCGCUAUCCAACUUCCUGCCAAUGUUCAAACUUUUUGAUAUUUUAUAUCCCGAACAAGAACCGCUCAAAGUUCCUGAUUUGAGUAAACCCUCAGCAUUGAGACAGAUGGCCCCAAUUUGCAUCUGGAUCCAUUUGAUGAAGAAGGCACGUCUGGAGAGCGUCAACAUAACUCAACCAAUUCCUAUCGCUUUGAAGGCUCAUCAUGAGUUUCUUUCACACUUGGCUGUGCCAGGUCAAUCUUUAUCAAUGAGCAUGAAUAACGACUAUAGAAUCAUCCUUCUCUGCAAUGCAUACUCGACAAAUCAAGAAUACUUUUCCCGCCCGAUGGCUUUGCUCACCGAAUAUAUAAAUUCGAAAAGCACCUCUCAGAUGCCGGUAACUCCUCUAUCCAUAGUCGCUCUUGACGGAUUGACAGUGCAUAGUAAAAUGUCGUUGAUGCACAGUUUUGUAAGUCAGGUAAUUAAACAAGCGCAGACGAAGGGAUCGGUAUCAACGUUGACUCCAGCUUUGAUUGAAACCUACUCAAGAUUACUUGUGUAUUCCGAGAUUGAAUCUUUGGGAAUUAAAGGCUUUCUUAGUCAACUUCUACCCGCCGUAUUCAAACAGCACGCUUGGGGAAUACUCCAUACUCUCUUGGAAAUGUUUUCGUAUCGUCUUCAUCACAUACCAACUCAUUACCGUGUUCAAUUGUUGUCGCAUCUUCAUUCAUUGGCUUCUGUACCGCAAACGAAUAAGAUGCAAUUGAAUUUAUGUUUUGAAUCAACGGCAUUACGGAUUAUAACCGGUUUGGGAGCAGCUGAGCUGCAACCGCAGCUUUCUCGAUACUUCAAUGAGAAGACACCAGGAUCCGUUGCAUCAAGUGAGAGCGAGGAACUAAAUCGUGUUUUGAUCAUGUGUUUGGGACGAGCAAUGCAUAUAAUGGGAUCGGGUAACGAGCUCCAGCCAUGGUGCAAAGAGUUGCUAACCACGAUCAUGCAAAACACACCGAUGACUUUCGCCAAUCAUUCACUUACUCGUUUACCACCAGCCCUUGCAGAAUUUCUCAGUCAGAAUAAUGCAGCUGUCGAGAAUAAACAACUCCUUAAAAAAUCUGUCGACGAGGAAUAUCGCAAUUGGACAUCAAUGUCGAACGAAAACGAUAUCAUCGCCCAUUUCAUCCGCCCAAAUACUACACCUUUGUUCCUUUGCUUGAUAUUUAAAAUGAUCUGGGAAACGGACACCAUCAGCCCGGUGGCUUAUAAAAUUCUGGAGGGAAUCACCGCCCGAGCAUUGAAUGCUCAUUUGCGCAAACUGUGCGAUUUUCUUGUAUUUGAAGUUGCAAAUUCAACUGGUAAAACUCUUAUCCAUAAAUAUGUUGACACAAUGAACAAAAUGAUUUGGCAAUAUCAUAUCGUCCCAAUUGAUCGCGUAAUUUUGUGCCUGGUGUUACGUUAUUACGAAAACAGUGACGCUCAUGUAUGCUUCCUGAUAAUUCAAUUAAUGAUAUUAAAGACGAAUGAGCUCCGGAUUCGGUUGAACGAAGUCCAAGUGGACUAUCCUGCUGAUCAUUGGAAGCAAAGUAACUGGCACGAUCAUCACAUUCAAUAUCGGCAAAAAUUCCCUGAAAAAUUCGGCCCAGACGAAUCAGCUUCCCAUUCUCCUUUGCCAAUUUAUUAUGGAAAUGUUUGCUUCCGAUUUUUAUCGGUGCUUGAUAUUGUUACGAUGAGAUUCAUUGAAAUCGGGCAUCCUAUUCAUGGCAUUCUUGAGAUAAUUUUUGAGCACUUGGGAAGUUUGUACAAGUUUCAUGAGCGACCGAUUACGUUCCUCUAUAACACUUUUAACUUCUAUGAACGAGAUUUAAAGGAACGUGUAUCUUUGAAGAAAAAGAUGCUCCAUGAAGUAAUGAAGGGAUUCAAAGAUAUUCGCCCAGCUAACUGGGUUUUAUCUGAACCUUUCACUGAAUACUUGCAAUCCAAUGAGCUACUUUUCAAUCCGGAAAUGCCCUAUUACAUUGGAUUGGUUCGACGUCUAGCAGAUGCCAUCACUGGGAAAAACUAUUUUUACGUUACUGACUGGCGCUUCUAUGAAUUCCCGAAUGCACCUACUCAUGCUAUGUAUUCGACGUGCUUGGAAGUAUUAGCGUUACCACUCGCCCCGAAGGUGGUUGUAAACAAUCUAAUUGAUACAGUCGUAAAGGGAAAUGCUAUUCUUUUGGGUAACGACAUUCAGGCGUUCAUCAAUGCAAUUGGCGUGAUAAUUGCUGCCCUGCCGGAGUCCUAUUGGAGUGUCGUUUACGAACGAUUGGUUGAUGCAUUGAAUAGUCCGAAAAUGGUUGAAUGGAAUUGCCGUUUCUCAGCCUUUGAACUAUUCAACUUCAAAAUUGUACGCGAAGCAAUGCUGAAUAAAUCAUAUGCAAUGCUUUUGGCUGUCGCACAUUCUGUCUUUCAUCAUAUGGGAUGUUGGAAAUUGAUAACAAUGAUUCAAUAUUUGAAGGAGAAAUUGAAGCCUUGCGUUCAAAAUGAACAUCAAUUGGUUUUCGUUUGUCACAUUUUUGGACCGUUUUUACAACGUUUGGAAAGUGAAAAGUCAAAUGCUGUUGCGGAAAUUGGUGUAUUGUUGUACGAGAUGCUAGAAGUGGUUGAUAAGAAUCACGGACCGAAAAAUUUGGACUAUAUGGAUCCGAUUUGCGAUUUCUUAUAUCAUAUUAAGUAUAUUCACGUUGGGAAUAUAAUAAAAAAUGAAUCAGAAGCAAUAAUCAAACGAUUGAGGCCGGCUCUUCAGAUGCGGCUCCGAUUCAUAAGUCACUUCAACGUUGAAGAAAUUGGUUCAGAGAAAACUGAAAAUGUUCAGCAGCCAACCCAAGCACCAGCGCAACAGCCACCUGUCCAACAACCUGCACAACCGACACAACCUCAGCCACAAAUUUCUCCUGCACCUCAACAGCCGCAAGCGCAACCGCAAUUGCAGCAGCAACAAUCUCAACCACAACCCUCACAAAAUAUUCAACAGAACCUCCAACAACAGGCACUUCAGCAGCAACAACAGCAAACCUUACAGCAAAAUCUCCAACAACAAACUCUCCAACAGCAAGUACUUCAGCAACAAGCCAUGCAACAACAGAAUCUGCAACAGCAGACCUUACAACAACAAGGAUUACAGCAAAGUGCCCUUCAACAACAGAAUCUGCAACAGCAAGCUUUGCAACAACAAAAUCUCCAACAUCAACAGUUGCAUCCUAUGCAACAGCAACAGCUGCAACAACAGCAGCUCCAGCAACAACAAUUCCAACAACAGCAACAGCUCCAGCAUCAACAACAGUUACAGCAACAACAGUUCCAAUUACAGCAGCAGCAACAGUUGCAGCAAAUGCAACAACAGCAAUUGCAGCAGCAGCAGAUGCAGUUGCAACAGCAACAAUUACAGCAACAGGGAAUGGGAAUGAGACACAAUUGAAUUGAGCUCGUAGUGUGUAAGUUUCAUAGUUUACUGGUUCCUGCAAUCGGUGAAAGUGACAUAAAACGCUAUGUUUUGAAAUAAUAUGUUUAUUUUACAAAUAUAAUUGAAUAAAAACUAUCCAUCUAAA